CCAAGGCAAACCAGCUAACACACAGUGUCGACGACGAUGGCCUCUGCUGCUCGCCGCUGGCUCUGCCUGCUACUCGCGGCGGCCGCCGUGACGUCGUCGGCGUCGGGCGGUGCGCCCGAGGACGACCCGGGCAUGCCGAUGGCGGUGCGGCACCAGUGCUGGAUGGCGAGGGUGGGGCGCACCUACGCGGACGCCGCCGAGAAGGCGCGCCGCCUCGAGGUGUUCCGCGCCAAUGCGGCGUGGAUCGACGCCGCCAACCGCGCCGGCGGCCUCAGCUACACGGUGGGGCUCACCCCGUUCGCCGACCUCACCGCCGACGAGUUCCGGGCCAGGCACCUCAUGCCGGACGUCGACGCCGUCGGCGACGAGCCGGCCACCGCCGCGAGGGCGAUGCUCGAGCAGGAGGAGAAGGCGACGAAGCAGCAUCUUCCUCACUUCGGGCCGCCUGCUCAGUGGGGCAGCAAGGACUGGCGGGACCUCGGCGCCGUCACCGCCGUCAAGGAUCAAAACCUGCAUGCUUGCAAUAGCUGCUGGGCGUUCGCGGCGGUGGCGGCGGCGGAAGGGGCGAUCAAGAUCCACACCGGCAACCUGACCGAGCUAUCGGCGCAGCAGGUGCUGGACUGCACCGGCAACGACAACACGUGCAGGGGAGGCCACAUCCACGAGGCCCUGCGCUACAUAGCCUCCGCCGGCGGCCGGCUGAGCACGGCCAGCAGCUACCUGUACGACGGGGUGCAGGCCACCUGCCGCAGCGGCGCCGGCGCCGCCCUGGCGGCGUCCGUCAUCCGCGGCGUGCAGAAGGUGACGCCGAACGACAGGAACGCGCUGCGCGCCGCCGUGGAGGGGCAGCCGGUGGCGGCGGACAUGGACUCCAGCGACCCCGGGUUCGUGAACUACAGGUCGGGCGUGUACAGGGGGAGCAGCGGGUGCGGGAAGAAGCGGAACCACGCGGUGGCGGUGGUCGGGUACGGCACGGCGAGCGACGGCACCAACUACUGGCUGGUCAAGAACUCGUGGGGCCCCGCCUGGGGGGAGGCCGGCUACAUGCGCAUCGCCGUCGACGCCGACUGCGGCAUCUCCAGCCGCCCUGCCUACCCCUUCGUCUAACUCUACAAACAUAAUAUAUAGCUCGAUUUGCCUCUCCUCUCAUGGCGUCGUGCGUCCAAUAUUCAUGUUGGUCUAUACGUACAGUGUUCUUAUUUGGAAUACUGCAAAUUCGUCCAUUAUAUUUCGUGCAAAUGCUCGAAAUUUCUGAGCAUGCGCGUGCAUGUAUUCAUGUAUUGUAGAGUUAAUUAAACUCGUUGUAUCGCAAGUGCAUAUGCAUGUGACUGAUCGGUGUAUCCUUCAUUUGCUUCCAAUACACUCCGUAAACAUCACACGAAAA